ACAAAAGCACGCACGAAUUUCGCUAAAAAUCGUCACAAAUUAAAGGAUUUCCGAUGUCAUCAGAGGCGAAAAAGCGUAAAAUGGAUCCGAAACAACGGAAAAAGAUCUACGGGAAACAAAAUAGCAAAAAAACUUUCAUGGAAGUUGGUCAAAGCGGUUUUUUGGUGACUUGUAAUUUCCGUGAGAAGGAUUGCAUUCGUGAAUCGUACUCAGUUUUGAACGAAUUUGCCGAUUUGCUGUUCGGAAAACAAGAGACAGAGUCAAAAUCUGUCCCUGAAGAAGCCAAAAAAGCAUCAAAUGACUCAUCGGACGAUGAAGGAGGCGAGGAAAUUGACAUUUCGAAGCAACUUGAGAUGCAAAUCGCCGAAACCGCCAAAGAAUUUAAACAGAAAUCGCAUCGUUUUCAAGUCACGGACAACGGAAAUAUCACAAAUUGCAUUUUCAUCAAGGCAACAGUCCCUGACGUCGUUGAAUUAGGUGUCAAAAUUGUCUCAGACAUUCUCGAAACGAAAAAAGCUCGUACUAAAAACGUUCUUCGCUUCAUGCCGGUUGAAGUUGUGUGCAAAGCAAACAUUUCAGACAUCGUAAAUGCCGCUGGAGCACUUUUUGACAAAUAUUUCCUCAAGGAACCUCGUACUUUUGCCAUUAAUUUCAAUCAUCGCUUGAACAAUCAAAUCUCGCGCGAUGUAAUUAUCAAAGAACUCGCCGAACUGAUCAACUCUAAAAAUAUUGGGAACAAAGUUGACUUGAAAAAUGCACAAUUAACAGUUGUUGUUGAAGUAUUGAAGGGAUUUUGCUGCCUAAGUGUUCUUCCAGAUUUCCAAAAAUACAGGAAAUAUAAUUUGCAGGAGUUGUCGGCGAAGGCAAAUGCGGGAAAUGAUGCAAAAUUGAAUGAAAAUGAACCAAAUUCAAAGGAAAAAGAUUGAAUUUAAGGAAAUUUAUCAAAAAAAGACUUGAUAAAAAACAUAAGAAAUACAAAAAGAAUUUAAGUUAGUA